CUUGAGAGGCUUUACGUUUACCCUCUCUUUCGCUUUCUCUCUCUCUCUCUCUCUCUCCCCUCUUGAUCAAUAUUUAUACGCCACCAUUUCUUUGGUUUGCCUUUUUUUUUUCUUUUUCUAAAUACCCUCUCCUUUCUUCCCCCAUACAGUACGUCGACCGAGAAUAAUGACAGCAAGUGAAAUAUUGUUACCUAGCAUCGCCAUGGGCCCUUCACAACAACAACAACACACCGCCGCCGCCUCAGUAAUGAAUGGCCAUGGACCUGAAGCCGAAUAUAUCGCUGUCGACCGAAGUGAUCAGGGUUUUACGUUUAGUCCUGCACAAGAAGCCUUAUUUGAAGAACAAGAAUCGCUUGCCAUUGUGCAGGAACUGACAGCUUCUUCGGAAUGGCAUGAAGUUAAAGCUUAUGGUCACAUGUCAGAUACGGCCCGGGAAGUUUCUUUGACAGCUACGACACUGCGCGGUGAUGGCAAGAUCGCUUUGCGACCUUUAAAGUUUUUCAACCAUGACAAGACGGAAUGUGUCAUUGUCAUGCAUCUUGGUCGUAAUUUGUGCGGACAUGCUGGAAUUAUCCACGGCGGCAUGCUGGGAACGUUACUCGACGAACAUUUGGCCUAUGUUUCACUUCCUAGUCUGCCAAAUUAUACGGGUUUCACAGCGAAUUUGUCGGUUGAUUACCGUAAACCAUGCAAGGCUGACCAGUGGGUUGUCAUCCGUGGAAAACUCGAUCGGGUCGAAGGCCGCAAGGCGUAUGCCCAUGCGCGAGUGGAAACGGCCAUUGACCACACGCUGUUGACUGAAGCAACUGCAUUGUACAUCAGUCCUCGCACUGCUGGUCCUUUGAAAGAAGGUCAGCCGUAGUGGCUAGCCUGUCAAAAAGCUCACCGUGUAUUUUGUGCAUUAGAAUCAAUCAUCAUCCAUCCCAUAUAGACAAUAAAUUAUUCCCCAUAAUCACAACAAAACUGCGGAUGAGCGUAGGAGAGCCAGCGUUAGAUAACAGAGUUGAUUGUCAUAGGGGGGGGGGCA